CUCGCAACAGCAUUCAUAUAUACACACCACCAAGUAUAUCCACAUAUAUUUACUUGAGCAGACAGCCGCAUAUACACAUAUAUACAUAUAAUCAUAUCAUACACACACACACACUGGCAAUAUGGGAAACCAAGAAGGAGGAACGGCAGUGGCCACACCGUCGUCAGGCGGCUUUCCAGACAUCAGUUCUAUGAUGUCUGGCAUUUCAGGCGCACUAAGGGAGAACCCUACCGUACAGGAAAUGAGUACAGACAUGUCGGACCCUAACUUCAUGGCCAAGGUCAAGAAGAUGUUCAAAACAAGAAUGGAAACCUUACGACCGUGGAAUGAGUUUGCAAACGUCUCAUACUUCUCCAAACCCGAGUCAGUGGGACAGGCCAUGGGACGCGCCUCCUUCAAUGUUCGGUACUUCGCCACCAACUACUUCAUGAUCUUCAUCGGACUCUUUGUCUACUCUCUGGUUACGUCACCGUUCUUGCUCCUUGCCGUAGCCUUUGUGCUCGCUGGCUCGGCCGGUAUUCUGCACUUGUCCGAUAAGCCCCCUCUGGUAAUCGGGGGCAAGGAAUGGAACACCCGGUCCCAAAAGAUAGCGUUGGGGUGCAUUGCUGUCCCAUUGUUCUGGCUGGGCUCAGCGGGCAGUGUUGUGUUCUGGUUGUUGGGUUGCUCGGGUGUGGUCAUUCUUGCGCACGCGUCCUUCCUAAAUAAUGAUAUGAUCGCCAACUCGGAGGAAUGGGCCAGGGAAAUUGAUGCUGUCGCUUAAACACGUAUACAGCCUACUUUGUAUCAGAAGUAUGCAUGGCUAGUAUGUAUACUAGUUAUGCAUAUUAUCCAUGUAUGUAUAGUAUGUACACGUAUUUAUACAUACUAUCCAUGUAUGUAUAUGUAUCUAUACAGUCAGCUAUGGACAGAUUCUAGGCAUCCGAAUGUAGGCCUGUACGUGCAAACCAUCGGUCCGAAUGAAGGGGCGGUGAACGAGUCUCAUGAUACGCCUUGUACGGAUUAAGAGGCCAGCGGCAGUACCAAUAAGACGAAUAUAAAAAGAAUAAAGAAUCAGAUUGCUCAAAUGUAUAUGUGACCACAUAUGA